AUGCAUCACCACACCACCCUCCUGGUGGAACUCUCUAUUGAGGCCAGCAGAGGGGUGAGCUACCUGCCAGGAGAGCACCUUGUGGUUUUCCCCAGCCAGCAGCCAGCUCUGGUUCAAGGCAUCUUAGAGCCAGGGGUGAAUGAUCCCGCACCCCACCAACCCGUGCGCCUGCAGACCCUCAACGAGAGCGGCAGCUACUGUGUCGAGGACAAGCAGCUGCCCCCCUGCUCACUCCGCCAGGCCCUCACCUACCUCCUGGACAUCACCACGCCCCCAACCCAGAUGCUGCUCCGAAAGCUGGCCCAGCUGGCCACAGAAGAAGAAAGGCAGAGGCUGGAGACCCUGUGCUAGCCCUCAGAGUACAGCAAGUGGAAGUUCACCAACAGCCCCACCUUCCUGGAGGUGCUGGAGGAGUUCCCGUCCCUGCGGGUGUCUGCUGGCUUCCUGCUCUCCCAGCUCCCUAUUCUGAAACCCCGGUACUACUCCAUCACCUCCUCCCGGCACCACACACCGACGGAGGUCCACCUCACUGUGGCCAUGCUCAUGUACCGCACCCGAGAUGGCCAGGGUCCCCUGCACCAUGGCGUCUGCAGCACAUGGCUCAGCAGCCUGAAGCCCCAAGCCCCGGUGCCCUUCUUUGUGCGCAGUAAAAGCAGCUUCCAGCUCCCCGAGAACCCCUCCCAUCCUUGCAUUCUCAUUGGGCCUGGCACGGGCAUCGCCCCCUUCCACAGUUUGCGGCAGCAGUGGCUCCAUGACACCGAGCACAAAGGGCUCCAAGGUGGUUGCAGGACCCUGGUGUUCCAGUGCCGCCACCUAGAUGAGGACCACCUCUGUCGGGAGGAGACACUGGAGAUGGCCCAGAAAGGGGUGCUGCAUGAGGUGCACGUGGCCGAUUGUUGCGUGCCUUGCCAGCCCAAGGUCUACGUUCAAGACAUUCUGCGACAGCAGCUGGCCGGUGAGGUGCUUCGUGUGCUCCAUGAGAAGCAUGGCCACCUCUGUGUCUGCGGGGACGUGCGCAUGGCCCGGGACGUGACCCACAUCCUGAAACAGCAGGUGGCUGCCAAGCUGAGCCUGAGUGAGGAGCAGGUCGAGAACUAUCUCUUCCAGCUUAAGAACUCUAGACGCUACCAGGAAGACAUCUUUGGUGCUGUGGUUCCCUACAGGCUGAAAAAGGAUGGCGCCGCAGGGCAGCCCAGCGAUCCUAGAGCGCCAUCAGCCCACAGGAAAUGUUAAAGCUGCUGCCACAGAAUUUAAUGACGGAGCCAACUCUGGAUUACGGCCUCGAGAGACGGAGGGAAGUUAUAGCCGCAAGCCUCACCACUUAUUUCCCCAUGUCCUUCCCCCCAACUCUUUACUUGACCUGCUACCAGGUAGCAGCCUGGACUGAGUGGAACCUCUUGUCGCCCUUUAGCCCACCCUCCCCUGAAUAAUGAAGAGUUGGGGCCUCCUUGGUUCCUUGGAGAUGCUAUCUGCAAUGCCAUGCGCAGCCAGUGGGUGAGGAUGGAACUGGCUUCUGAUGGCACCAGUUUUAGUGACCACCAGGAGGCGCUGUCGGACCACUCUGCAUUUCCUGACCCUUGUACAGUUAUUUCAGCCUCUGUAUUUAAAAAAAACAAACCCCAGUCUGCUCCCAACGGGCACUUGGGUGUUCCCUGUAUGACUCCUUGAUGGAGAUAUUUCUAUGAAAUGCAUUUUAUUUUAACCACA